AUGAAACUCGAACGCAGAGCAAUCGAGGCAUCACCCUCAGAUUCCAUAGACCGCCAGAGGUUCUCGUACUGGCUGGCACUGCAGUUAGGAGACUAUUUCUAUCACACAAGAAACCUAGAUGAUGUCGAUGAAGCUAUCAGAUUGAUCAAGAGCUCGCUGGAAAAGUUCCCGGACGAAUCUGCCACAAAGGCGGCACAUAUGGCUAAUCUCGGAAUCUUGUUGAAGGAGAAGUAUUCUGUUCUCAGAGUCGAUGGCGACUUUGAAAGUGGCUGCAAAAGUUUAGAAACAGCUAUCGCAUUGUCGUCAGAAGAUCAGAAUACCUUUGCGACAUGGCUUGAGAUAGCAGACUUGUACGACGCAAAGCACGGCAACUUAGGGAGGCUAGAGGACCUCGAAACUAUUCAACUAGCAAGGACGCUCUACGAACUCUUUGAAGAAACGAGAAAUUUGAGCGAGCUACAGGAGUCAAUCACAUUAACUCGAGAAACUGUGGCUGUGACGCCAGAAGACGAUCCUGAGUGGCUGGAUCGAAUAAGAGAGUUGAACGUCACCAUAUACAUUCUGUACCACGAGACAGGCGAUUCGAAGGACCUCGAAGAAGCAAUUAAUGUCGUCAAGCGAUAUCUUGAGAAAGCUAGUAAAGAUCAUCCUCAUUGGUCAGAACAGCUCAGCAACUACUCUAACUACCUUGAUUCUCUCCAUAGCAGAACCGGGGACUUGGCUCAUCUUGAAGAGGCUGUUGAAUUUGGACGAAUGAGCUUGAAGGAUAUACCGAAGAACUCUCCCAAUCUUCAGAUUGUUUUGGGUAACCUUUCGAUAGUGCUCUCGAGAAGAUCGAUGAUAAGGGGCUCGAUGGUGGACCUGGAAGAAUCUGUUUCCUAUGCCAGAACUGCUCUGGAAGUAACACCUAGUGAUUUUCCAUCAAGGUACAUCCAGCUGCAUAACCUGGGUUCUAUGCUUCUGAAGAGGUUCUCUAGGAAUCAAGAGAAUGUACGGGAUUUGAACCAAGGAAUCGCGUUGUUGAGAGAAGCUUUGACUUCUAUCUCCAGCACUAACCCUGAGAUUGAGAGCAUACUAUCCCGCCUGGCUUCCGCUCUCGACACGAGACAUGAUAAGUUUGGGUCAUCUGACGAUCUCGAAGAGGGCAUUGAAAUUGCUCGGAAAGCCAUUGCUUCAAUGGGAAAUCCGUUUGUGGAGCGACCCACUUCCAUCAGUACCUUGGCCGAUCCCCUGAAGAAGCGGUUCAGAGCUGGAGGCUCCUUGGAUGACAUAAUUGAAGCAAUCGCGAUCUCACAAAAGACGUUAGAGUCGAUGCCUGAGGACUCUCCAUCCAGGACAUACCUCUGGACCACUCUCGGGGAUCUCUUUGCAGCCAAGUUCGGGACGACAUGGGUCACCAGUCGCAGCUAUCGAUGUGCGGUGGAACAUCCUACAGGUAAUAUCUUGAGGCGCAUAAUCGCUGCAACAUCAGUCAUGCCAUUGUGCUUGAGUCUCCAAGAUGCUUAUGAUAUAGGGCGCACGGCCAUUGACCUUGUCCCUGGUAUUGCCACGGCUCGAUCACUCGAAACGGGUGAUAGACAACAUCUACUCAGUUUUUCCAGAGGUCUUGCGGCUUCGGUGACAGGGGCUGCCAUUAGGCUCAAGAAGGAUUCCAUCGGAGGCACUGGCAAUUCUUGA